AUGUCGCUCGCUGAAGACGCUCAUUUUCAGUAUCAUCGUCGCGGCAGUGGGUCGGGCUCGUCUAACUCCGAGUCUGAUUAUCCGCUUCCCGUAAAGCUGGUCGAUAAUUCUUGUAGUGUCGAGGAUGUGGAGAAACAGCAGUAUAAGGCCGACUCUGGUUCGGCCAUUGGGCCAGGCAUUUCCCAAUCUAUGUCUCGUGCUUCGAAUGCUAGUGGCAGGUCGCUGGCUAGUGGGUAUAGUGUCGAGGAGAUUUAUGGAGAUGCUGCUCCUGAGAAUAUCAGAGUCACUCGUCAAUUGACCAUGGAAACUAUCAAGUCUCGGAUUUCUACUGUGUAUUCAGAAAACUAUUUCCCGGCCGAUGGUGGUGAUACUGUUAAUAGAGAUGGGUCUGAAUUCAAGGAUAUUGAUCCUGAACUUGUUACUUGGGAAGGUCCUGAUGACCCUGAGAAUCCUAGAAACUGGUCCCCAUUUCGUAAAUGGGUCACUACAGUUGUGGUUAGUGUUUAUACGAUGAUUGCACCUCUGUCGUCGUCUAUUUUGACACCUGCUGUGCCUGCUAUUGCCGAGCAGCUACACAUUGAAUCGUCUACUAUGCAGAACCUCACUGUUAGUAUUUUUGUUUUGGCAUUUGCUAUUUGCCCUUUAUUUAUUGGAGGCCUUUCCGAACUGUUUGGCAGACAGGUGGUUCUCAACGUCUCGAUUGUUUUAUUAUUAAUUUUCAAUAUUGCAUGUGCAUUGGCCCGUAACACUGGCCAACUCUUAAUUUUCCGUUUUCUGGCGGGCAUGGCCGGUGCUGCCCCUAUUUCCGUGGGUGCUGGUACUUUGGCUGAUAUGUUUAAUGACAAGGAUCGUAACACUCCUCUGGCUUUAUACAGUUUAGGCCCUAAUCUCGGUCCUGUUAUUGCUCCCAUUAUUGCUGGUUUCCUUGUCGAGUAUACUUCUUCAUGGAGAUGGGUUCUAUGGACUCUGUCUAUUAUUAAUGGAGUUGUAGCUUUUGUCGGUUUAAUCACCUACAAGGAGACUUAUGCACCUACUCUACUUUCUCGCAAAGCCAAGAAGUUGAGAAAAGAGUCUGGUAACGACAACCUUCAUACUGUGUUUGAAAUCGCCCGUACUCCUUUUAUGGAGAGAUUUCUUACCGGUAUCACCAGACCCAUUGUCAUGUUGUUCACCAACCCGAUUAUUAUGGGACUUGGUCUGUACAUGGCAUUUGUUUACGGAUUCAUGUAUCUCAUGUUGGUAACCUACCCUGAUCUGUGGUAUAAUGUGUACCACUUUAAACCCGGCAUUGCUGGAUUAAUGUAUUUGGGACUCGGAGUCGGCUCGAUUUUCAGUGUUGCGUCGUGGACCCCGCUGACCCAGUACACCUAUCUGAGGCUGACUGCUCGUAAUGGCGGUAUUCCAAAACCCGAGUUCCGUAUUUUCCUGGUCAGUCCCACUGCUGUCAUUCUCGGCUGCGGACUGUUGUGGUACGGAUGGAGUGCUGAGGCCAAGCUCGUGUGGAUCAUGCCCGUGGUGGGUACUGGCAUUUUUGGGUUUGCACUGUUCCCUGUGUUCCAGUGUAUUCAAAACUAUCUCAUCGACAUGAACCCAAGAUACUCGGCCUCGGCUGUCGGCGCUGCUGCUGUGUUCCGAUCCACCUUUGGUUUCGGGUUCCCACUCUUCGGCACCGCCAUGUACAACCGACUGGGCUACGGAUGGGCGAAUACCAUCUGCGGCAUCCUCAUGUUCAUUCUGGGCAUCCCGUUCCCCAUUAUAAUCUAUUUCUACGGUGAGCGUGUGCGCCAGUGGAACGACGACCGUCUCGAGCGCAAGCACAACAAAACUUAG